AUGUCUUACCGAAAUCUCUACAUCGCUGCGACGAUAGCCUGCAUGACAGGGGCAUUAUUCGGCUACUCAGUUGGGUUUAUAGGAGGGAUACUUGUUCUACCGUCAUUGCUCCACCAUUUCAGCCUCGAUGCUCUUCCAGCUAAAGAAAUUGCUUCUGCUCAGUCCAGACUUGUUUCUUCAUGGCUUGUGGGUUGUGUCAUUGGUGUCCCACUUUCCGUGCCCGUGGCUACCAAGUUUGGUCGCAAGGUCUCCAUUAUUAUCAGUGCUAGCCUUUAUACCACCGGCGCAGUGCUCCAACUCAUCGGCAUUCACAACUCACUUCUAGUCUUCCAGCUUGGCAGGCUAGUGAAUGGAAUUGGCGUGGGUGCAGGAACGCUCGUCAGCCCUCUGUAUAUUUCAGAGAUUUCACCUGCCAACCAGCGAGGUACUUUGAUGAGUGGUUACCAGGUCGCAAUUCAGGUCUUCGCGCUCAUCGGAUUCUGGGGAGCAUUCACCUGCAAUUCGAUAUUCCCAUCGACAUCAAAUCUGCAAUGGCAAUUGCCUGUGAGCAUACAAUUAGUGCCAGGCGCAAUUCUCUUCUUCGGAGGCUGGUCAACAUUGCCUGAGUCGCCGAGAUGGCUAGCCAGCAAGCACAAGAUCGAAGCUGCGAAAAAGGCUUUGUCGUGGCUGAGGAUGACAGGUCGGGAAAGCCCUGAGCUCAAUACGGAGAUGAUCCAGAUUCAGAGGGUCAUUGAUGUUGGCAAGCUGAACACCAGGCUUGAAGGACGGAGCUCGUUCUUGAAGCGGGUCUUUACACGACCACUGCGCACACGUAUGUUGAUUGGUGCAGGCAUCAUGAUUUUCCAGAAUCUGGUUGGCCUCAAUGCGCUCAAUUACUUCUCGCCCAUUAUCUUCAUGUCUGCAGGCUUCACCACUGUUUCUGCCUCCUUGUUCCUGACUGGACUUUUUGGACUCGUGAAGUUGAUCACAAGUCUACUGUUCAUGUUUGUUUUCGUGAGGAUGAAAGGAAACAGGUUUUGGUUAUUGCUGGGCUCGGCUAUCAUGGGCAUCGCGAUGUUCGUGUUGGCCUUCUGUAUAGAGCGCAUGGCUCACAACCACGACGAUACUUUUGGCUUAAGUGGGUAUGGCAUCGUGUCUGUACUCAUGGUGUAUAUCUUUGCAUUCGCCUUCGGCAUAUCUCCGGGCCCGAUCUCUUGGAAUGUUUGCAGUGAGAUCUUUCCUUCUCACAUCAACACGAGAGCUUGUGCCGUGACAACUUGCAUUCAAUGGUUGAGCCAGAUAUUCAUUGCAAGUAUUACACCACCGUUGAUAGCCAGCAUCGGCUAUGGGACCUAUAUCUUUUACGGCAUUUAUUGUGUCUUGGCUUUCUUCUGGUGCGCUCUGUAUGUGCCAGAAACACGUGGGGUCGCACUUGGACCUGAGAUGGAUCAGGUAUUUGGUGACGCUGCCAAAGAUGAGGUCGCUGUGUUAGAGAUAGAAGAUAUCGAUGAGGUGACCCCGCUGAUUGGAGCACAAAGACGUCGAAGUUCGAUCGCGCUAGUCGUAUAA